CGUUAUUGUGACAAUAUCCCUUCUGGGAAGGCAGUACUGGCCCUUAUUCAAGAAGCGAAAGAACUGCUUAGAGAAAAUGAGAAUGGUAGUUGUAGUGAGAACGUCGCGUUUCAAGCAGAGGUUGCAACUACUGGCGAGCGAGGAAGACCACGCAUUAUCAUUGCAAAGGAUCAGCUCGAGUUUUUGUUAGAUUUGGGGUUUAAAUCUGGAGAGAUUGCAUCUCUGCUUGGUGUCAGUGAAAGCACUGUUAAACGAAGAAUUCGUGAGUAUGAAACAUUUGUGAGGCAAAGAUAUUCAAACAUUACUGAUGAAACUUUGGAUGGCCUUGUUGAAGAAUUAAUGAGAGAAUUUCCCAAUUGUGGCUACAAGAGGAUGACAGGCCUCUUGCUCAAUUCAGGUCAUAGAAUCCAGCAAAAUCGCAUCAGGGAGUGUAUGAGAAGAGUCAAUCCCGAGGGCGUCCUCCUGAGAGUCCUUGAGCUGCGAACUGUUCACCGGAGAAGAUAUGAAAUUAGUGGCCCUCUUGCCUUGUGGCAUAUCGACGGGAAUCAUAAACUAAUAAGGUAAAUGUAUGAAACCUCGUUAUAUGCCAAGCAGUUCACACCUUGUGUACGGUGAGAACUGUACACAAGGUAUGAACACUAACAAAACUAACGAUAUCUAACAAUUUUGAAGUCGCAAAAACUUACCUGCACAUUGUUCCACAAUUUGGUGGUUUCUAUACUUAUCAAACACAACGACAAGGGUAUGGGUGGUGGGGUCGGAGAGUCAUCAGAGACCAGGAUAGUUAAAGGUUUUGACUGUUUGUUAAUUUUCAGAUGGCGAUUUGUAAUACAUGGCAGAAUUGACGGCUUCUCGAGAAUGAUUGUUUUUUUGAAAUGUGGCAAGUACGGUACUCGAUUGCUUUCUCCAAGCAGUUGGGAGUUUUGGUCUACCUUCAAGAGUACGGUCCGAUAA